AUGUGCAUGAUGCACUUCCAGAUUCUCGUGCUGCUCUCCGCUGAGGCUCGUCUUCAGCGCGAGGGAAUCUUAUUCAGAAAGUUCUUGAAGGAAAACCACUUCAAGCUUCUGUCUAACGGAAUCGUGCCGCCGAACGCCGUCUUCAGCAGCGCUAGUUUCGCAUCGGUGAAUAUCCCGAUGAUGGCGGUGUGGCUUACAGGGCUAACUGGGGAGGAGCGGGAGCGGUUUCAGGCGCUACGCAGAAAGUUCUCCGAAAUACAGUCCGACCGCGACCGCGCGGUGAUUGAGGCGGACGAGGCCUGCGACAAAGCUGCCGCGGAGCUAGAGAAGGGAAGGGAGGCCAGGUCAAACAAGAUGGCCGCAAAGCAGAGGGAGACCUUCGCGAGGAGACGAGCGGAGAGGGCGGAUGCAUGGACCGAGCAACUCGCAAUACAGGACCAGCAGAUGUUUGCGAGCCUGAGGGCCCAAUGGCUCAAGCACGACAACGUCACGGUACACCCAACCCACAAGGUGUGCGUGCCUACUCUGCUUCUGAAUUCACCGCUGUCAAGUUGGUCGCCCUUUCCCACCUCACAUAUUUCUGAAAGAGGAUGUGGUGACCGAAGGUAUUUGUUUCAGUAG